AUGAUGCACGCCGCAACGAUCCUCGCCCUCCUCCCCCUCGCAGCCGUCGCCGCCCCCUCAAGACGCGCGCAGCCCGCCCCCCUCAUCAAGCCGCGAGGCGCCACCCUCGUGGCGGACAAGUACAUUGUCCGCCUCAAGAACGAGGCCAAGACGGGCGCGCUGCAGACCGUCAUGAAGACCUUCUCGGCCGACGCCGACCACAUCUACAACUUUGCCGGCCCCGACAGCGGCAGUACCGCCCUUCUACGCGGCUUCGCGUCCACGCUGAACGCGACGGAGCUCGAGAACUUGCAGAACGACCCGGACGUCGACUUCAUCGAGCAGGACGCCAUCGUGACCAUCAAGGCUACGCAGAGGAACGCGCCGUGGGGUAUCGCGAGGCUCUCGAACACACAGCCCGGUUCGACCACGUAUAGCUACGAUGAGAGCGCCGGAGAGGGCACUUGUGCGUACAUUGUCGAUACUGGCAUCGACAUUGACCACCCUGACUUUGAAGGCCGCGCCACCUUCCUCGCAAACUACGCCGACAACUCGGACACAGAUGGCCAGGGCCACGGCACCCAUGUCGCCGGCACCGUCGGCUCCGCAACCUACGGCGUCGCCAAAAAGACCAAGCUCUUCGCCGUCAAGGUCCUCGACGCCAACGGCGAGGGCACCAACUCGGGCGUCAUCGCGGGCAUGAACUUUGUCACAACCGACGCCGCCGGCCAGUCAGGCUGCGCCAAGGGCGUCGUCGUCAACAUGUCGCUCGGCGGGCAGACCUCGACGGCCGUGAACCAGGCCGCCGCGGCCAUUGUGCAGGCGGGCCACUUCCUGGCCGUCGCGGCGGGCAACGAGGCGGCGGACGCGUCUACUUCGUCGCCCGCGAGCGAGAAGAGCGUGUGUACCGUCGGCGCUACGACGAGUAGUGACGCGUUGGCCGAGUACUCCAACUUUGGGACCGUUGUUGAUAUCCUGGCGCCUGGUACGAGCAUUAAGAGCACCUGGCCCGGUGGCAGGACUAACACAAUCUCUGGCACGUCCAUGGCUAGCCCUCACAUCGCCGGCCUCGCUGCCUACCUCCUCGGUCUCGGCUCGGCGCCCUCGGAACCUGUUGCGCUGUGCAGCUACAUUGCCGAGACGGCGCUUGACGGUGUUAUCGGCGAGGUCCCCCGCCAGACCGUCAACAAGCUCGCUCACAACGGCUUUGCUGGGAACGGCACGGCCAAGGCCACGGACGGUUCCGUGGUUGGCAGACACCUGAACAAGAAGGUUGCUCUUCGCGUGUAG